AUGGUCAAAUUACAAGGAAAAGCAUUAUUCAAUGCUUCAACAUUACUAGCUGCUACAGGGUUUUUACUUUUUGGCUAUGAUCAAGGUGUUAUGUCUGGCAUUGUUCCUAAUGAGCACUUUCUUGAACUCAUGGGCAACCCAAAUUCAGCUACUGUGGGUGCUAUGGUCGCCCUUUAUGAGAUUGGUUGUAUGUUUGGUGCUCUCUUGACCGGCAGAAUUAGUGACAUGAUUGGACGUCGAAACACAAUUCGCUUAGGCUCUACCAUCCUUGUCAUUGGCGCCGUGAUCCAGGCAGCUACUCAAAACCUUGGUAUGACCAUCGCAUUCCGUAUCAUCACUGGUGUUGGUAAUGGCAUGAACACAGCUACAGUGCCUGUCUAUCAAUCUGAAGUAUCUCCACCCAAGACCCGAGGUGCUCAUGUCUGUUUUGAAUGUGCUUUGAUUGUUGCUGGUGUCGGUAUUGCUUAUUGGUUAGAGUAUGGUCUUCAUUUCGUGGGAGGCGAAUUUGCAUGGCGGUUUCCUUUAGCUUUCCAGAACUUGUUUGCUUUAAUUUUGAUUGCUGGCACUUUCUUUUUGCCCGAGACGCCUCGUUGGCUUGUAGCUCAUGGUAGAGAUGAAGAAGCAAAAGAAGUCCUUGCUCGACUUUGGUCAGAAGGUGAUGUCAGUCAUCCUCGAUGUGUUUCUGAAUAUCAAGAAAUCAAGGAUGGUAUAGAAGCUGAACGUCGUGAAGGUGUUUCUUCUUAUCGUGCUUUGUUCUCCAAGGGCAAGUUUAAUAACCGUAAAAGAGUUUUGAUUGCUAUGCUUAGUCAAAUCAUUCAACAGUUGGGUGGUAUUAAUGUUACUACCUAUUACCUUACUGAUGUCAUGAUUCAAGCUGGUAUGAGUUAUUCCAUGGCUAUGUUAAUGGCAGGUGUGGAUGCUAUCGUCUAUUUUAUCGGUGCCUGUUUCCCUAUUUUUCUCGUUGAACGUGUGGGUCGAAGAAAGAUCAUGCUAUGGGGUCUCAUUGCUCAAACAGUAACACUCGUAUGGAUCGGUGGUGCUCAAAAAGCCAAUACAGAUAACCCAAGUUCCUCUGCUGCCAAUGCUGCUGUCGCAGGCACUAUUUUGUACAACUUUGUAUUUGGCUGUAGCUGGCUAGGUAUGUCCUGGCUAUACCCUGCCGAAAUCUUCUCUACAGGUCUUCGUGCUAAAGGCAAUUCACUCUCCACGGCUGCCAACUGGAUUGGUAACUUUAUUGUGGCCAUGAUUGCACCUGUCUUGUUUGAAUACAUUACUUUCUGGACUUAUAUCCUGUUUGCCUUUAUGAACCUGUUAUUCUUCCCUAUGGUUUACUUUUGGUUCCCAGAGACAAAAGGACUUUCUUUGGAACAAGUCGAUGUUUUGUUUGCUGUAGAUGAUGUCAAGAAUGAUAUUCGAUCUAUAACUUCAGAUCGUUAUUACCACUAUGAUGGAGAAAAGAAGACAGAUGUGGAGCAUAUGGCUCAUGUUGAAAAAGGGCUAACUUCAUCUUCUGAAGAAGCUGUUGAGCAUUCAUCUUGA